GCGUGCCGGGGCAGAGCCGCGUGGGAGCAGGACGCACCAUGGCCGAGCGCCUGUCGGAGGAGAAGAUCGCGGAAUUCAAGGAGGCUUUUUCCCUCUUUGACCGGGAUGGGGAUGGCUGCAUCACCACCAAGGAGUUGGGCACCGUCAUGCGCUCCCUGGGGCAGAACCCCACCGAGGCAGAGCUGCAGGACAUGGUGGGAGAGGUGGACGCCGACGGCAGCGGCACCAUCGACUUCCCGGAGUUCCUGUCGCUGAUGGCCAGGAAGAUGAGGGACACGGACAGUGAGGAGGAGAUCAGGGAGGCUUUCCGUGUCUUUGAUAAGGAUGGGAACGGCUACAUCAGCGCCGCGGAGCUGCGGCACGUCAUGACCAACCUUGGGGAGAAGCUGACGGAUGAGGAGGUAGAUGAGAUGAUCAAGGAGGCUGAUUGCAACAACGAUGGGCAGGUCAACUAUGAGGAGUUCGUGAGGAUGAUGACGGAGAAGUGA